CGUCAGCUGCAGUGUGGCUUUGGGCAGGGUUUCCAACAACUGAGUGUGAUACAGUCUGGGAGGAGUAGGUUUGAGUGCAUCUGCUGUGUUUUAUCUCCACAUGCCCCACUGUGCACACGGAGCAGGAAAAGAACAGUCUUCAUCUCCCUCAGCCAACUUCCUCCAGUCCAUAUGGACAUAUAACCAAGCGCACGUCUGCCAUUUCGGGUGUCCCCACUCUCACUCCCCUCUUCCAUCUCCAGCCUCAACAUCUCUGAAGUGGCUGCCUCACCGAGUCGGACCGGAGGCCACCUGGUCUCUGAUCUGGUCUCCGGAGUCGGCGGGGACUCCACGCGCUCCAUCGGGGCCAGACUGUGCGCCUCACGGAUCAGACCGGAGCCAACGCGCGCUCUCGAGAUGGACGUGAUGGAGAGGGAUGUCAUGGACAAGCUGGAGGACAUGUCAUCCGUGUACGACUUCGACCCCAUCACUGGCAACAUCCCAGCCACAAAGGUGGAAGUCACCGUCUCCUGCAGGAAUCUUCUGGAUAAAGAUACAUUCUCCAAGUCAGACCCAUUGUGUGUCCUCUACACUCAAGGUGUUGAAACCAAACAGUGGAGAGAGUUUGGCAGAACUGAAGUGAUAGACAACACCCUGAAUCCUGAUUUUGUUCGGAAGUACAUCUUGGACUACUUUUUUGAAGAAAAGCAGAACCUUCGCUUUGACUUGUAUGAUGUCGACUCCAAAAGUCCAGACCUGUCCAAACAUCCUGCAGAACUCAACGACUUUUUGGGUCAGAUGUUCUGUACUCUCGGGGAGAUUGUUGGAUCACCAGCCAGCCGACUGGAGAAACUUCUUGGAGGGAUUCCAGGGAAGAAAUGCGGCACCAUUAUCCUGUCUGCAGAGGAGCUAAGCAACUGUCGAGACAGUGCCACUAUGCAGUUCUGUGCAAACAAGCUGGACAAGAAGGAUUUCUUCGGCAAAUCAGACCCUUUCAUGGUUUUCUACAGAAGCAAUGAAGAUGGAACGUUUACUAUCUGCCAUAAAACGGAGGUGGUGAAGAACACAUUAAACCCUGUGUGGCAGCCAUUCACCAUCCCUGUACGAGCACUCUGCAAUGGUGACUACGACAGAACAAUCAAAGUGGAGGUGUAUGAUUGGGACAGAGACGGCGGCCAUGACUUCAUUGGGGACUUCACCACCAGCUAUCGAGAGCUAUCUCGAGGGCAGAGCCAGUUCAAUGUGUACGAGGUGAUUAAUACUAAGAAGAAAAUGAAGAAAAAGAAAUAUGUCAAUUCUGGAACUGUGACCCUGCUCUCCUUCUCUGUGGAGUCAGAGUUUACAUUCUUAGAUUACAUCAAAGGAGGGACGCAGAUCAAUUUCACUGUGGCUAUCGAUUUCACAGCAUCUAACGGUAACCCUUCACAGUCCACCUCCUUACACUACAUGAACCCAUACCAGCUGAACGCCUACGCCAUGGCCCUGAAGGCUGUUGGUGAGAUCAUUCAGGAUUACGACAGUGACAAGAUGUUCCCCGCGCUGGGAUUUGGAGCCAAACUUCCCCCUGAUGGCCGUGUGUCACAUGAGUUUCCUCUGAAUGGAAACAUGGAGAAUCCGUACUGCAAUGGUAUAGAGGGCAUCUUAGAGGCCUAUCAUCAGAGUCUGAAGACUGUGCAACUGUAUGGGCCGACCAACUUUGCACCUGUGGUGAAUCAUGUUGCCAGGUAUGCAGCCGCAGUGCAGGAUGGCUCCCAGUACUUUGUGCUCCUCAUCAUCACAGAUGGAGUCAUUUCGGACAUGGCUCAGACCAAAGAGGCCAUCGUGAAUGGUGCCAAGCUUCCAAUGUCCAUUAUCAUCGUCGGAGUGGGUCAAGCUGAAUUUGACGCUAUGGUAGAGUUGGAUGGUGAUGACAUUCGGGUCUCCUCCAGAGGGAAACUAGCAGAGAGAGACAUUGUCCAGUUUGUUCCCUUCAGAGAUUAUAUGGACCGGACAGGUAACCAUGUGUUAAGCAUGGCCCGGCUGGCGAAAGACGUGCUAGCAGAGAUCCCCGACCAGUUCAUUUCUUACAUGAAGAGCAGGGGGAUUAAACCCAACCCGGCCCCACCUCCUUACACGCCAUCCGGACUGACACAUCACACACAUAUCUGACGUGAUGGCUUUUCAUUGAAGACUGACAGCAUAAAACAGCCAUCUUCAUCAGGUGGGUUUCUCUCGGUGAGAGGCUGCAAACUUUCCAGGACCUGAUGACAAAAGCCUUUUUUUAAAUCAAAACUGCGACAUAGACUGUUUCCCGUCUAGAUGGACAGCAGGUUGUUUGAAAAAAAAAAACAUGUUGUGGUUAAAACUCGUGCCUGUCUGUGGUUGUUUCUCAAAAUGUUUCAGGACUUGAACUUUGACCUGAAGCCCUGCUUGUCAGUCGUUGGUGUGGCCUAAUACAGUGAUCUUUUCAGGCACUUUUUUCCCGUCUGGAAUUAGUUUUUCUAUUUGGAGAUGAUCUCCAUAUUUAUCUGAUGAUGCAUCAGGAAUGAUGGGCGAAAAAUACGUGUGGCGUUUACAGUUUUAGUUCUCUAAAUAUCAGUCAGGUAUUUCAUACCACCAGGCGCAAACGUUUCUAAGAGCAUGUUGGAUGAGAUUCCACAUAUUUGAUUCUCAUAUAUUAUUCAGAGUGGUAUGGAUAUUUAAUAAAACUGUUUACAAAAACAUAACCUAUUUUCAUUUGAUUCCAUAUAAAAGCACAAGAUGACCUCUCUCCAUAACAAGAGUUCCCCAUUUAACCUUUACAGAUCAUUAUAUUUUAUUAAAAUAAAACAAAUGUACUCAAACAAGUGAGAAAUGUUAAGCAUAUUUAUCACAUGUUGUUUCACAGGCACGUUCCCAGUUCUCGUUCAAAAUCUUGCAAUUCAAAGUGUGCACGAGCAUCAACUGUGUGUUCAUUGGAUGAUUUCAGGGUAGCUUUCCAUAGCAAGUUUGGCUCGGGGAAUAUUGAAAUAUUUAUAUAAUAGCUACUGAAGACACCUUCUGUGGGCAUUAAUGAGAAUGGAUUACAUUUUAAUUACCUGUACAUUUCAUGCAAUACCAUUUAGCAGUAUUGUACUUUCAUCAAGUUCUUUCAAUGAAUAAAAUACUGUUUCUGUGUGUGGUUGAACCGAGAGUUGCGCAGUCCAGCGUAGGUCCGCCCAAACCAGAACCGCCACUGCCUCCAAGGUAACCACAAACAAUACAAGAUGGGCCAAACUGUUAAGAUUCUUAGAAUGUGUGAUUUCAAUUAUGCAUACAUAAUAAUCCACACCUGACAUGUAUGAAUUAAUGGAGAUUAGGCAUUAGUGGCAACACAGAGCUUGCUAGUUUUCCUCAAGUCUUAACGGUCGGUAAAUCUGAACCUGUCGUAAACAUUCAAAAACAUGAAAUGGUGAGACCCGAUCAGUGCAAAUCCAUUGCCCCCCCAGCAGUCAUGUAUCAACUGUCAGGUAACCUUCAUGGUCAGAGACAUUGCGUUCCAAGUCCGAAUUCUCGCCAUCAGUAUUCUUCAGCGGGGAUUUUCAUCUUACGGUGCUGUGCUUCAUGUUACUGCAAGCGUGGUGAGAGACAGCACGCAAAUUGAGCUUCAGUGUUUUACAUAUCUCCGUGCAUAGAACACACAAACCAACAUAUCAAUCACUCUGAUGUAGCUUUCUACAUUGCACGCGGUUGCUUUAGUGAGCAUGAAAGACACACAUAAAACAGCCGCCUCCGACACUGCAAAUUCAAUUUACAGCAGCAGUUCUAGAGAUUGUAAAUUGAUACGUAUUCUUGAACAGCGGCACAACAGCAAAGUGUGUUGCCUUAUGACAAAGAGGAAUUCAGUAAAAUACACGAAGAACAGAUCCAGCGCACGGCAUGAUCGCUAUGAAACAUGUUCCUGUUUGUCAUGUAAUUAAAGUCCCGUCGCUUCUAUUGGGGUUUAAUGAGUCCCCGUUGUUUUUUUGCACACAAGCUCUAUUAAGUGUUCACACUAACUUCACGCUUUGUUUUAAAAUGGAUGGGACACCUUAAAGAAAUGUGUAGGGAGAAGCAGCCAUUAGACAAACCCUGCAAAAACUGAAAGAAUACAGUACAGGUAUUUGUGAUUAACAAUGCAUUUACCAGGCACUUUCUAUGUUUGACCUGUUUAAGUAAUACGCACUAAAAUCUGAGAUACUUAUUGAAAAAAACAAAAUAAAAACAAGCAUUUUGGCAAGUAAACAACUUUCUUUCUCUGUUGGCUGAUAGGUUAUGCUGUGUACAGCUUAGAUUUUAGUACAUAUUAAAGAUAAUUACUCAAGGAAAUUGGUUUAACAUAAUAAGAAAAAAUAUAUUCUUAGUCGACCUCGAUUCCUUGAUUAUGCUUGCUUGAAUUUCAGUAUUUGCAGCGCCUAUUUAAUAACUUAAACUUGAUACAACAUGCCUCACCACAGGCAGUACAACCAUGUGAUUUCUUCCAGCCAAUCAGCAAAGAAAUAUAACAAUCAUAAUGGAAAAGUGACAAUUAAAUACAUGGAAAUGAAAUAAUACUGUAUGGCAGAUUAGAAUUAGAAGUUUUGAAUGUCUAAAUAUUCAUCGAGUCUCUUCUCAAGGGUUAAAAGCACUUCAUAUUUGUUCAGAUGUAUUAUUUAGACUUCACAACGAAAAGAUUUGAAUUGGUUCUUACUACCAAUGCACAUGUGAUUCCAAUGCUUUCAUGAAUUUGCUUAUGAAAGUUAUGGUGAUUAACAGUAAACCGUGGGUUCCUAUUGGUAUGGGAGCACACGGGCAUUUAGCUUGAAGCACCGCAAUGCCUACUAACCACUGCAGUGGUGCUUUAUAGCCCGCUUGACAACAAAGACAUAGAGUACCGUACGCUACAUUUCUUUGAAAUCCCUAAUUCAGUUUUUGCCAGUUUUGUCAGCUUUAUUCUCCACGAUGAAUCAUUUAUCCCCCCACUGGGGUCUUGGUUCCUACUCUAAUCUUCUUCAAUGAGGAGAACUAGCGUUUGCUUUUGGGGUGUGCUUUGCUUUUGAACUGACAAAGCGAGAGGAAAUAAGCUAAGCUUAAACAGGUGUCCCUCAUUCACGUUCCUGAUGUAGCAAACCAAGGGACCUCAGGAUGGUAAUGUUCAUUGAAAUUGCUUUGCUAUUACCGGAUGCAAAUUCAACUGGGGGCAGAAUAUUUUGUGUGGAGAGCAACUAUUUACAGUGAUAAAAAUAUAAACGGUCAUCAAUAUGCAUGAGAAUGUAAAGCUUACAUAGGUGCUGCUUUGCAUAUUGAUCCCGACAGCACUUUAUUGAUCGAGUGCUCAUGAAUGGGGUUGCUUUUUUGAGGAAUAUUACUGUUUGGAAUAUUUUUUGUAUUUCAUGAAAAGUCUCCUGCCACCAAUUAUACAUGACAGUAUCUCCCUUUGGAGUUGUACUUUUAAACACAAUCGAUCAACUGCAUGUGUCGUCGGGGUACAAACGUAUUUUCCACAUCUUACUGCCAUCGGUUGAGUAGAAACCAGCCCUACAAGGUAACAUGCAUGUCCGUUUGCCGUUUCUUCUCUGUUGUGCCUGCUUCUUCGAACAUUUCUUCUCUCACCAGUGGUCAAAAAAACUAAACUGUAGCAUGCAAUGAGCACGUUACAGUUUAUUUAUUUUUCUAAUCCCACAAAUGAUCUUUGUUGUUGACGCAGUAUUUGGUACUCUAUUUUGAUUUGCAUGACACCCUACUUUCAAUUGUACAUGAAUGUUGUCAAAUGGUGGGUUGUGAAAUGCUUUGUAAUGGAUUGCCUUAAAUUAAAGUUCAAUUUAAAGAACAAAA